CUGUCACUCACAUAAAGGCAAUACAACUGCGAGAGUGAGACACUCUAUGCACUCAACGAUCACCUAAUGAUCCAGACAUAGACCACACGAAGACAUCACCGCACAGACCACUCACCACAAUGAGUGGCAAUCAGUUUACGAUGAGUUUGGUUGCAUUCAAGAGCAAAAUCGAAGAGGCGGUGGUUUUGGUGCCGGAGAUGUCGGCCGAAGAGAAGCUCAAAGCGGUUCAGUUCUGGAACGUUGUGUCCGAACGUCUUCAGGAAAUCGUCAACAACUCGGCCGCAGAUAUCAACGCAUUGGCCAUGAGGUUGGAACAGGAGGACCAUCACCCACAGGGACAGCCACCACCACUACAGCAGUCCAUAUCACAACCAAUACCACAACAACCCCUUCAGAACCAUCAACAGCCGUCACAGUCAUCGGCUGUACUCAUGGACAGCAACAGUAUGUGCGGACAGACGAUCACCACUGAUGGCUCUUCCAGUGGUGAUAAUCACGAGAUAUAUCUACAGAUUGAUCACCGAAACCAUCAAACGAUUAGUGAUAACUCAAUGAUAUCUAAUCACAUGUCGAGUAGUCAUGAGUUCCAGCCAUCGGUGGUCACAACCGCUGAAGACGUGGAUGAAGUGAUUGGCGAACACUUGGCGUCAGUGAUCACCACAUAUAGCAAUAAUAACGGCGCCGAUAAGGCAUCUCAACAACUGUUGAUAGCGUUAGCCAAACAUCCGGAAGAAUCUCAAGACAUCUUAGCGGAGGUGCGGCUCACUCUGUGGCGCCGGGAGGCCGAGGAGUUCGCCGGCUGUACGGGACAAGUGAUGGCCAUUAAGAACGCGAUUGUCGGCGACUUUAGGGGCCGGACGUUGAGCUGUGCGCCCAACGCGACCCUAGAGUUGGAUCCGGACUUACCCGAGGCUCACAUACUGAAGGGCUGGUACGAGAGGGAACUGGCGCUCGGAGGGGCCGGUAAUCUCAAGUCCGUACAGCCGUUAAGCAAAGCGAGCGGCGACGCAGCGAACGGCGCCAAUGAGUACCGCUUUUUGGCGCAAAUCAACGAACAGUCGGUGCCUCAGGACGGACAGUCGCUGUACUACAACUGCAAGGGAACGGUAGUCGCGACCAACCGGGCCGACAGACACCUGUAUAAGUCGUGCGGAAACAACGGCUGCUCGAAGAAAGUGCGCGAAGAGAACGGCUUCUACUUCUGCGACAAAUGCGGACACAAUGGCCAUCAGUUCCAGUGGCGACUUAUGCUGUCGGUGCUCGUCAGCGACGCCACUGGCGACCAAUGGGUCACCGCUUUCCAUGAGGUGGCGGAGAAGCUGAUCGGCCGACCCGUGGCAGAGCUGUCGGCGCUCUACGAGAGCAGCGUCGAUGAGUAUCAGGCGCUGGUGUCGGCGCUGCUCUUCAGGACGUUUCAGUUGAGGUGCGGCUCCAAAGUGGACGAGUAUAACGGGGAAAGGCGUGUCAAGUCCACGUGUUAUUCGGCACAACCCGUGGAUCCCAUUCAGAGGGCGCGACAGUUGAUGGCGUCCAUCAACGAGUGGACCAAUUGA